UGUGAGUUGAAUCAACGCAGCAAGCAGACAGAGAAGUAAACGCAGCAGCAGCACAAGCAGUCUUCGUCAAAUAGUUUUGUAUAGAGCCAACCGCCCUAGCGCUAACAGAGUGGAGCUACAUUUUUGUGCCCCGUUUGAAGAUCUUUCUCUAUCGGUGUGUUUUAUUACAGAUUUUGAAAACGGAAAACCGUUUUCAUUUUUUCGAAAACGAUAUCUCGAAAAGCUAUUAAGGCAAAGUUCAGUCUGUGCGUUUGUGAUUUUUACCUCAGUGUCCUGAAUCUCAUUGCUGACGCCCGCCGCCAAACCGGAUUUUUGCCGAUUUCAGCAAGCUCUGAAGUUUUAUCGGGAUCGCUUCUUACAGAAAAAACACAGGAUUAUUCAAGGAAUAUAUUUUCGCAUUUGGAUACAAUUGAGUGAAAUCAGGUGCUUUUUGUGAAACCUUACAUUGAUUGGCGAAGAGUCGUGUUUUUUUGCCAAUCAGAAUCUGACCUGGAAACCUCCAAAGUGAUUUCCGGCCAAUUUUAGCAAGCCCAAGGAGGAGAAGUGAACAAAAGUGCAAAUAUUUUAAAGCCUAGGGUUGUGUGCGUGAAUUACUCUACCAGAUUCAUUCUUGUCCAGAAAUCUCACAAAGAGUCCAGCGAAAAAUGGCAACAGAAGUCGAGAACAAGCCUCUGACCACCGAAGAGGAGAAAAAAACGGAACAGCCUGCGGCCGGAGCCGACAAAAAGGAAGAUGGUGCCGCUGCCGCAACUGCAGGAAGCGCCGAGGGCGGUGAUAAAAAAUCUGCCGAUGGCGACAAGCCAGUCACAGAAAAUCAUGCCGCCGAUGUCGGUGGAGGAGAUGCUGCUACCGCUUCCGGGGCAGGCACCGAUGCGGCAGCUGCUCCAGCUAAAAAGGAGAAAGAAGUCAAACCCACGGUACACAAGACCAACUUUGAAAAAGAUGUCGUUUAUCUGUACCAGUUCACGAGGACCCCAUUGCUGCCGUCCAUGUCCCCGUACUGUCUCAAGGUGGAGACUUGGCUGCGAUUGGCUGGGCUUAAGUACGAGAACAUUGACCAUAAACUAAAACUGCGCUCUAAGAAGGGACAACUGCCGUUCGUCGAGGUAAACGGAGAGGAAAUCGCGGACUCGGCCAUCAUCAUUAAGGAGCUAGCACAACGCUACGAAAAAGAUCUAGAUGCAGCCCUGACUCAGGAACAGCGCAACAUUGCCCAUGCCAUGAUUUCCAUGCUGGAAAACCAUCUUAUCUGGGUGCAACUAUUCUGGCGCAGCAAGAAUCCCGAACAGAUGAUCAAGGGCUACAAGGUCAACUUGCAGCACGCUCUCGGUAGCCGCUUGCCAAAUGCAGUGCUCAACUUCAUCUUCAAGUUCCAAUUUGGACGCAAGUAUUUACAGGGCUCCAAAAAAGUGAAAGCUCAGGGCCUCGGGGUACACAAGCCUGAGGAAAUCGAGGAAUUCGGAAAGCAGGAUCUGAAGGUGCUGUCCGAGCUGUUGGCCGACAAACCUUUCUUCUUCGGUGACGAGCCAACAACUUUGGAUUGUGUAGCGUUCUCCGUCCUUGCACAGAUUCACUAUAUUUCUGACGAAGUGAAGUACGCUCUGAAGGAAUUUAUGCAGGAGAACUGCCCGAAUCUAGUCGGGCACGUUUCACGGAUUAAGGAACGCUGCUUCGCAGACUGGGAUGACAUCUGCACUAAACUGGACCUGAACGCCCAUCUACCGAAACCAGAGCCGGAAACCAAGGAAAACAAGGAAGGAGCGGACACUGAAAAAACCGCCGAACAGGACAAGAACGAGUCCGAGAAGGAACUGGAGAAGGACAAUUCCAACGAGAAGACAGAGAAGAAGGAGGAAAAGCCUGAGAAGGCUGCUGUGGAGGAGAACAAAGAGAAAGAGGAAGCUGCUGCAAAAUAAGCAGAUACUGACGGACGCGAUUGAUUUUUUUCUUUUCAGUUUUAUUGGCUAUUAUUUCUCUAACUUCGUCUGCCAAUUUAAUUUUACAAUAGUUGACCACAUUCUUGGUGUUUAUCUUGUUCAUUAAUGCCGUUUGCGAUUCGUAACAAUUUGUUGGACGUGAGCGAGAAAACUUGCUAGUAGAAGCGAACGCGCGAGAAAAAGAGAGCUAGAGCAAAAAGCUAGGGAGUGAAGUGAGUUAGGUAGGAAGCUUUUCCAUACGAAAUUAGUAGCUUUUAUUCUACUAUUUGCUGAAAAAAGAACAUAAUAUUUCUUGACGAACAUACUUGCUUUUGUAUACUUUAACUUAUGUGUUAUAAAAAGCUACGAAUGGCAGAGUUGGGAUUACGCAACAUCAUCAGCGCAAAAAUAGAAUGAAACGUACAUCUGUACAGUAAAAUAUGAUUUGCUGUUUUCAAUGCUAAACAUGUAGAAACACCGUGAGAUGAAAAGCGAAAAAUUAGAUGAAGAGCGCUUGUAGUUUUUUUUAAAUAAUUAGAUGAAUUAUUUACUAGCAGCAAAACUAUAGCGGAUUGGAAGGAGAAAAUUGCAAACGCAGAUUAAAGGAUAGAUCCGAAGUUCAAUGGUUAGGUUAUUUCUACGAUUAUUUUUUCAGAUUUAUAUUUAGUUACUAGCGUUUAGAGUAAGGAUUGCGACAAUUACUACAGUAAUACUCAAAAAGAAAGGAAAACCGAAUACAGCCAAGUUUGUUCUACGCUACCGGCCGUGCCGACGUGCGGCGAUUGUUAAUGACAAUCAAGGCGAUCGUAAAAAAGAACAUUCUCUUGUAUGUUUGUCAUGCUCCGAAGUAAGGUAAUGCCGUCUUUUGUAGUAAUACAAUCUAAAACUAGUAAUAAUGUUUAUUAUUACUCCUAUAUAUUUUAUAUAUAUCAUAUUUUCGUAUAUAUUUAUAGUAUUUUAUAUAAAUUUUUAUGUAUAGUACAGCUUUUCUUUCUCUUUACAUUAGUUUAAGCGUAAUUUCAAAUCAGAUAGAAGAAUUGAUUGUCGUAUUCCAAAUUAAUGUUUUGUACAAAAUUUGCAGAAUAGAUAAUUAUUCUUUCUUCACGGAGCGUUUUUAUUCUUCAGAUUGAAGCUAAAGAGUAAAAACCGGUCCGAAGAUAACUUCCUCUGAGGAAAUGUUUUGUUUUUUGGAUCUAAUCGUGUACGAUUUAGAAUUUUCUUAGAAACGAAGUCAAGGAAAAACGAAACCGGUUGCAAUGAUUAUACACAGCAAAAAGAAAAACGAUUAAUAUCUCAACACAUUCUAAUCAACAUCGUUUUAUUUUAAAGCGUUAGUUUAGGGUUUAUUCGGUUCUCAUUCCUCUUCUAUGUCGUCAAACGUUCUUCAUCAUUUUUCGUCAGACUCCUGUUCUAGCUAAACAAUUUGAGAAACGUACAAUAGUGUAGAUGAAGUUGCUUCUGAUACUAUUCUCUUUUACACGAAACAAGUUAAUAUUUUUCUUAGACGUAGACGAAGAAUAAGCCUCCGAGUUUAGUUUACAUAAAACAAAAUAGGAAAAUCCAACUCCAUUUUCGCAUACAAAUGCCAGAUAUACAGCAACAAAAAAACUUCGUUUAAUUAGGUUAAACGCUCUCCGAUGAAUAAAAAAUAAAACAGUGAUAAUAAAAACCGGAACUAGAGUAGAAUUUUAUACUGCAACCAUGCCAGUCGCGACCGAAGAACUUCCCCGAUGGUCUCAUUCGUUUGGUUGAAACAAAAGACAAAGGAUAUUGAACUGUUCCAAGUCACUGCCUACCUACUAACGAAAGCACAGUUAAAACUUAAUUUCACACUAUUUUGGUUCUCUUUGGCAAUCGUUGUAUUGAAUUUGUUAGUUGAACGCUUCUCUACAGCUGUGUAUAGUUUAUCUCCGUUUGUUUUUUGUUUUCUUUACUCCUUUAUGUAUUUUCAGUUUUUGUUACAAACAUAAUAUGUGGUAAGUCUGUUUUUAUUCUGUGCUUGAUGCCAUUUUACGCUAUGAUUUUAUGUAUUUCAGUUCUCGAUGCUUACUAGCGAAAGGAUGUAACAAAAUGGAAAAGUAUUCGUAUAAUAAAAAAAAAACAAUUGUAAGUGCUUUCAAGUGAUUUAUUCGUUGUAAAAAGAUAAAUACUGAGUGAUUGAUCCGAUUUAAAUGAAAAUUUCAAUAUAGUAAGGGCUUUCGCUGCACCGUACCGAGAGGAAUGCUUAAAACUGCUGAAGGGGUAAAGUACACAUUCAUGUUUAUUACAUCAUUUACAACUUGUGCAUUGGGUUGUCAACACAAUAUUCAGGAAAAAAUUAUUCAGAAAAAAUAAGAAUAGAAAAUGGCUUUGUAUGUUUUAUUGAGUAAAAAAUAGGUUUCAAUUGCUCACAAUAAGAAUUAAACUGCUAUUCAAAUACUUGGGGUAACUAAGACCUUUAUAGUAUAUGUAAAAAUGCGUUUGUACUUUACAUCCCAGCACAGUGAAUAGAGGCAAAGCUCCCUGUUAAUAAAAGGAUAUGAGUACUAGAUUGUUCGCGCUUAUUGGAAGUUUCGAUUGUUUGUUUCAUGUAAGAAAUGCCAAGAUUUCCAUGACUUUCGCCAAAAUAUCGCAGAACAACAAAUUUUCAUUUUAUAUGUUCUCGCGUAAAUUGAAGACAAUUUCGAAUAUUAUAUUUAAAUGUAGCAAAAAACAGUACAUUUUAAAAUAAAUUCAGAAAAAUAGAAUUAAACGAACGGCAACAGCUGCUAUUAGGGAAUUAAACGAAAUCAUCCUACCGAAUUCCAUUCAAACGUGCUGACUUUGAACAAACCAAACAACUACACAGACUCAUACACAGGCACACGCACCCUAACACGUGUUACCACGUGUCAUGAUAAAAAAAAGUUACAAAAAUAAAACCAAUGUCAUUCGCUCAACAUUUUUAUGGAAACUUUUAAAAGGUCACUAUAAGUGACUGUUUUCAGGUUUUGUAUUAACUCUAUACAGUGUGUGUCAACUGAACAAAUAAACCAAACAUCGUUUUAUCAUCCCAAACAUAAAGACAUUGACGUAGCAAAGAUAGCAUAAAAUUUUCAUCUGCAUGUUGAAAUAAUCAACCCAUUUUCCACAAACCGUUGAAAAAACAACAAAAAACUAUAAUCAAAACAACAUUAUUAAACUGAUACACUCUCACAUACGAACACACAUUCAUUAACAAUAAUAAGAAGGUGGUGAAACAACACAUUGCAGAUUAACGGACAUACAUUAAAUUUAACUAAAAUGGUAAAUAAUUUACUAAUAAGUAGGUAACAAAAUAAUCAUUAAAGUAAGUUUGGGCAAAACCAAACAAGUACAGCAUUUUCGAAUAGUGAGGGCGUGAUAAACCGCUUGACAAUGAGCUCUAGUCUGGGAUUUCCGAAGCAAUUUGGGAUAGAAUGUGCAGAACUAUUCGAUUACGCUCCUUGUUUCAAAUGCAGUAAAACAACUCAUUAAGAAAAUCCUUUAUUUCAAGUAGUUAAGUCAAGAGAAACAUUCAUCGUCAUGCGCAUAUUGGAUCUUCAUUAGAAGUUUUGCAAAUAAUAAUUCAAAUGUCGCUGCUAUUUUUGAUUCGCAUACAAUCGACAAUUCCUAGAACGUCGAUUGAUCCAUUUAGAGUAUUUACAAUGAGGUGAAAUGCAACCCACGACUCCUCACUGGUUGGGUCCACAAUCUGUCAACCGAAAGAUGCCAUUCGUCAAUCACGAAAAAAUAGAAAAAGUUCAAGGCACUGCUACGACAGACUCGAGCAAAGUACUAAACAUCCGUGAUUCCAUCGGUUGUUCGGUGUUGAACGAUAGGAUAUGUUCCAUUGAAAAUAAAAGCCCGCUUGUAAACAUAUUCGUUCCGAUCCUAUGCACUUUUUCGGUUUUCAUAAUUAGGGACAAAACCCAGUAACGGUAGAGAUUAAGUGUGAGCUUGGAAUAUUGAAGUAUUGAACAACAGACAGUAAGAAACAAACAAAAAGUAAUGAAAUAUAAUGUAAUGAACAAACCACAAAAUGUAUGUAAUCUGUAUUACAUUGAAUAUUGUCAAUAAAAGUAUAUAAUUAAA